UUCUUUCACUUUCGGAUUCUUUGUCACGAACGAGGAAAUAAUUCCAGCGUUGUGGAUCGCCUUGGUCGUUUUAGGAAAUAUUAAAACAGAUUAUUGUUGGAUUACGUUCUUUAAUCUAGACCUGAAUGGCGCUGGUUGAGUUUAGCGGUCUUAAGCGUCUUCUUGGAGCCAGACAGACGCAUCUGCUGGACCGACCCAACCAUUACAGCUUUGGGACUAAAAUCCAGGAAUUUGCUGUUCCUGUGGGAGAAGAGCCUUCAGGGUUCCUGAAGUCCUGUAAUCAGGAGGGAGGAGUGAGCAUCGACCUGGACCAUGGGACCACCACCCUGGCCUUCAAGUUCAGGCAUGGGGUCAUCGUGGCUGUGGACUCCAGAGCUUCAGCUGGACGUUAUUUAGCGUCUAAUGAUGUUAACAAGGUGAUAGAGAUUAACUCGUACCUGCUGGGCACCAUGUCGGGCAGCGCUGCAGACUGUCAGUACUGGGAGAGACUCCUGGCCAAAGAAUGCAGGCUGUACAGACUGAGGAACAACCACCGCAUCUCUGUGUCUGCGGCCUCUAAGCUGCUAUGUAACAUGAUGCUGGGUUACAAAGGCAUGGGCCUUUCUGUGGGGAGCAUGAUCUGUGGAUGGGACAAGGAGGGUCCAGGUUUGUAUUAUGUGGAUGAUAACGGGACUCGUCUGUCUGGUCGGAUGUUCUCCACCGGUUGUGGUAACGGCUACGCCUACGGCGUGGUGGACAGCGGCUACAGGGAGGACAUGACCGUCGAGGAGGCGUACGAACUCGGCUGCCGCGGCAUCGCUCACGCCACUCACAGAGACGCCUACUCUGGUGGAGUAGUAAACAUGUACCACAUGAAGGAGGACGGCUGGAUUAAAGUGUGUAAAGAGGACGUCUCAGAGCUGAUCCACCGCUACAGAGAGGGAAUGUUCUGAGCUCAACAUUUUGUUUUCCACCGAUGUUUAACUGGAAUGGCACGUGUGGACGACCCUAACCGUUUCUCACAAGCUAACUGGUUCAGAAUGGAUUUUGUGUUAGCUAAAUAAAUAAAUAAAUGACCAAAAAAAAUACACGUCUCCCAAUAAAGACUGUUGCUAAA